AUGCCCCACGCCGACUCGUCCUACUUUGGCGCCAACGCCUCCAAAUCCGACAUCUACACCCAAGUGCUCGAGCAAGCGCAGGGUCUUGUAUACGGACAGCGCAACUGGUACAAGUCACUAACAAAAACCAGCAACUUCUCCAACGUCGCCUCCCUGCUGUGGCACGCCUACGCAGCCCUCCCCAGCCCCUCCUCCUCCGUCAACUGGGCCGGCUUCUACAUCCGCCAAGACAAGUUCCCCAAUGCCCAGCCCACCGACGCCCAGAAGCAGGUGCUCUGGCUGGGGCCUUUCCAGGGCCGGCCGGCGUGUCAGGAGAUUAGGUUCGGGAGGGGCGUGUGCGGCACGGCAGCUGAGAAGCGCGAGACGGUCCUUGUGGGUGAUGUGUUGAGCUUCCCGGGCCAUAUUGCCUGCGAUGCGAGCUCGAGGAGUGAGAUUGUCGUGCCGAUUUUGGUGGGUGGGGAGACGGUUGCGAUUAUUGAUGUUGACUGCACCGAGCCUGAUGGGUUUGAUGAGGUUGAUCGUAAGUAUUUGGAGGAAUUGGCUCGGCUUUUGGCGGAGGCUUGUGAUUGGUAG